AUCAUUUCCCGGAGGCUGAACAUGCGCUGAUAGACAGCAGCGUGAGAUUUGACAGAGUAGAAGUUGUGAAUCUAACAGUGGAAAAUGAAUAACUGUUAUAUUAGUUUUGUUUGUCGACAUUUCUCUGCUGUUAUUGCAUUUCCUGGCGACCUUGAUUAGAGCUAACCGGGGCUAAAGAUGUCUCUAUUUGCAACAAAACACGUUAUGGAAUAAGAAGAAACAACGCGACGAAAUGUUAAUAAAUACGUAACGUUACACUUAGUUAACUAAUGUAAAAUUAUGUUACCGCUUCUAUCUAUUUUUCGGGAAAUUCGUAGAGCUGCAGUCCACACACACAGGAAAAGUCGAGUAACUACUCUACAUCAGCUUGUGUCCACCUUUAAUGGAGUUCCAGCUGGCCUGGCAGAUGCAGACACCAUCUUUGCGUUGUCAUCAGGUCAUGGCAGAUGUGGGGUGGCUGUGGUCCGUGUCAGUGGUUCUGCCUCAUCCAUGGCUUUGAGAUGCAUGGCGGGGCUGAAGUGCUGCUUGCCUUCUCCUCGGACAGCCCUGUUACGCAGCAUAACAGACCCCAACUCCAAAGAGAUCCUGGACCGUGGCCUGGUCCUAUGGUUUCCUGGUCCUCAUAGUUUCACAGGAGAAGACAGUGUUGAGUUCCACAUCCAUGGAGGUCCUGCUGUGAUUACUGCUGUCCUACAGGCUUUGGGAAGCAUGCCUGGCAUGAGGCCUGCCGAAGCUGGGGAGUUCACGCGAAGGGCUUUUCAAGCAGGAAAGCUGGGUUUAACUGAGGUUGAAGGACUUGGGGAUCUAAUCCAUGCAGAGACAGAGGCUCAGCGAAGACAAGCUCUUCGACAGAUGUCUGGAGAUCUGGAACGCCUCUAUCAAGGCUGGAGCCACAGACUGAAACGAUGUCUGGCUCACGUUGAGGCCUUCAUUGACUUCAGUGAGGAUGAGCUCAUUGAGGAUGGGGUCUUAGAGCGAGUGGACAGCUCAGUGAUCACUCUGCUGGCAGAAAUCGAGCGACACCUAAAGGAUGAGAGAAGAGGCGAGCGGCUUCGCAGCGGAGUCCACGUGGUCAUUGCAGGAGCCACCAACGCCGGGAAAAGCAGCCUCCUCAACACACUCUGCCAACGACCAGCCGCCAUUGUUUCCUCCAUCGCUGGGACCACCAGAGAUGUGGUGGAGACGGGGCUGGACAUUGGUGGCUUCCCCGUCCUGUUAAGCGACACAGCUGGCCUCAGAGACAGCACAGACUUGAUAGAGCAGGAGGGGGUUCGCCGGGCUCGAGAGAGGGUACAGCAGGCUGAUCUGACUCUGGUGGUGGUGGACUCUGUCCUGCUUCCCUUUGACGUACAGAAAGCUGCAGGCACUCUUCAGGAGAACCUCACAAGUGUUCUGCCUGACCUGAAGCAGCCUGAUAAAGACAGGUGUCUCUUGGUGCUAAAUAAGACUGAUCUACUGCCUGAAGCUCAAAGACAGAAGCUGGACCGGGAGCUGAAAGGCGUCUCUGGACUCCCUCCUGUGUGUCUGAUCUCCUGUCAGACUCAUGAAGGGCUGCAGGACUUUCUCUCUGUGUUGCAAAGCCGUGUUAAGACUCUGUGCGGCGAUCCUCUGUCUGAUGCUCCCACCCUGACCCAGGCUCGCCACAGGGCCCAUCUGCAGCAGUGCGUGGCAGCUCUGGCUCAGUAUCAGACAUUGCGUGACACUGACCUGGCUCUGGCAGCUGAGGGGGUCCGCUUAGCUCUCACCAGCCUGGGGAGGAUCACUGGGAAGCUGGGGGCAGAGGAGAUCCUGGAUAUCAUCUUCAAAGACUUCUGCAUUGGAAAAUAAAAAGAAAUGAACGUAAAAACAAUAAAACACAGAGAAUUAUGGACAUUAUAGCACAUGGAAGAAAAGGAGAAUCAGGUCUGAGAGUGGAGCCGUGAUACAAAUACUGACUUUAUGCAGUCUUCACACAUAGGCUGCUGGACUGUUUCCCACUGAAACGCUUGGUCAUAUGAAUAAAGCUGAAAGAUAACAUACAUGUAUUUGUACAUGUCUGAAUUCUGAAUAAAAACAACACCAUAAGUUUGA